AAUAUAAAUAUUAAUAUAAUAAUAUUAUAUAUUUCUUUAAUAACAACUUUUAUAGCAAGAUUAAUAGCUAAUUUUGAAUAUGAUCUUAAAAAAAUUAUUGCUUUAUCAACAUUAAGACAAUUAGGAUUAAUAAUAUUAACUUUAAGAGUUAAUUAUUAUGAAUUAGCUUUUUUUCAUAUAAUUAUUCAUGCUUUAUUUAAAUCUUUAAUAUUUUUAUGUGCAGGAGAUUUUAUUCAUUUAAUAAAUAAUAAUCAAGAUAUUCGUAAAUAUGGUAAUAUAUUAAUAAUUAUACCUAUAAAAAGAUUAAUUAUUAUUUUUAGUUUAAUUAUAUUAAUAGGAUUUCCUUUUUUAAGUGGAUUUUAUUCAAAAGAUUUAAUUAUUGAAAUAUUAAUAAAUAAAAAAUUAAAUUAUAUAUUUUAUUUAAUUUAUAUUUUAUCAAUAACAUUAACAAUUAGAUAUAGAAUUCGAAUAAUUUUAUGA